GUCUCCUUCUACGGCUGGUCAACACAUCCAUCCAUCCAUCCAUUCAUUCUCUAAUGAGUCACGGAUCGGAAGCAAACACUCAAAUAUAGUGGAUGGAUGGAUACCAAACAUACAAAACCCGUACGUACACGGUGUCUGCGCCUCAACAUAACGGUAUCUCUGUGUGCGCAUGCUGGAUACGUACAUACACAGCUGUAUAUCGACAUACACACACACACACACACGCGCGUCAUUCCUCAGUCCGAGGUAGCAAGGUAGACGCCGCUUACGAACCUGAAACCGCACAGACAGAGAGGAAGAGACAGCUGUUGAUGCCAGCCAACCAACCAACCAACCAAUCAGUGCCAACACACGGAGCUCGCUCACUUACGCCUUGACGACGUCCACUUUCGGCCCACCCUUGAGGAAUGGCAGGCCCUGGGCACACGCAGACAGGCAUGGAUGGAUGGAUGGACGGGUCGGGUGUACGUGUACGUGUACCAGCAACUGGUCUGCAGAGAGGCGCAUGUGCGGUUCCGUCUGCACACUGCAAACAAGACACCACGCGAGAACACGGCUAGCGUCUCCGUUGCCGCCACGUGUGUACAUACCAUGCGUCGAUGACGUCCCGCAGGUCGGCGUCGAAGGUCUCGUCCAACCGGGCUGGAGGCUCUGAUCAUCGAGUACGCAUGCAUUGAAUGUCUGCUGGCGUGGGUGCACUGCACCCGACUUUCUGGUCUGCAUACCUUCGCUGCCGAGCGACGCCUCGCGCACCUCCACGACGCUGCUCUGAGGCGGAAUGGCCGGCUCCUGACAGACACGCAAACAGCACCCCAAUAACCAGCCGCUCGCUUUGUCUGAGUGUGUGUUGGUGCGGCACGUACCAGCUUGACCAACUCAUACAGGACCAGCCCGAUCGACCAUAUGUUAGCCGACAUGCCGUACUUCCGCCCAAGCACUCUCUCAGGGCUCCUGCGGCACACACACACACACACACACAUACAUCAACCACCACCACCACCACCACCAGCAGCACGUUCGUCACGUACAUGUAGACUUUUGUGCCAACGAAGGUGUGGUCCAUCGAGCUGACGCUCUUGGCGAUGCCGAAGUCGGUGAUCUUGACAUAUCCUGCAGUGCAGUGCAAAACAUGCGGGUGGGCUCGUACGUCAUGGGUUGGCUCUAUGUGGCUCGGUUACCGUCCGAGUUGAUGAGUAUGUUGCCGGGCUUGAUAUCCCUGUGUAUGAUGCCUUUGUUGUGCAGAUGCCGCAGGCCAGACACCAUCUGCACACACACACCAAUGCACACGUGCGUUGGUUGUGUGUUGGUGUAUGGAUGCAUUGUGUGUUGGGUGGGCACCUGGUAGGCCAUUCCCUCCAGCACUUCCUUGGGUAUGCUCUUGUUCUCCUCUCGGCACCGCUUGAUGAGAUCGGCCAGGCUGCCACGAUUCAUGUGCUCCAUCACCAACCGCACCGUCGUCGCUGAGUGAAACACACACACACACACGCACACGCACACACGCACACACGCACACACUCACACAUACAAAGGACGUAUUGCGUGCCGUUCCUGCCUGGCUACCUCCGUGUUGAUAGGCGCUAAUGAAGCCCACCAGAUACUGCCCGCCCUUGGCACGGGCAAACCCCUGAUGCGAUACAUUCACACCCACAUACACUCACUCACAUGAAGGCACUCAGCCCCGCCCCGCCCCGCCUACCGACCGUCAGAUCUGACAGCAGCUGGUCGCGCUUUGCCUUGUCCUCUAUCUUCAUCUCCUGGACACACGGAAAGCCAUCCAUCCAUCCACCCGUGCAGACAGGCAGGUGACUGGUCUUCUGUCGAGGUGUCGAAGACGGACCUUCACCGCGAGAAAUUUGCCGGUGGGCUUGUGGCGGGCCUUGAACACCGUGCCGGAGACGCCGCGGCCGAUGACGUCGUCCUCGCCAAUCUGAAAGGCGGACGGAAGAGAACACAAGAGCGUAUGGAUGAACACGACUAGGCAAAAGGUGCUCACCUCUAGGUCAUCUGGUGUGAAGGCGAACUCCUCUCCGUCGACUUGAGUGCCAUCCCUGCCCACAGAGAUGCCGGAAGCGUGCUGCAUCCCGCCUCGCCCAUCACUGACAUCAUCGACUCACAGCACAGUCAGGUCAGGUGACAGAUCUUCAUCCCUUCUUCCCAUGCAGCGUAUCUUACCCCCUCCACGACGGCACUACCGGGGCAUUGUGCGCCUCUGAGCUGCCAGAUUCGAUGGGCUGGGGUCUCAGCUUCCUGACUCGAGUCCCAGGGCUCGCCGCCUCGCUCAUCGCUGCUCAAAGAACGAUUCUCCUCACCGAUUCAUCAUCCUCACCGACGAAAGGCGCAAAAAACAUGCGCCGGAUUUCGCAGUAUAGUAU